CAUGGUCAGAUUAUCACAAUAUAGUGUAAAAAUGUUGUAUUUACUAAAAAGAUUUAUAGUUUGAUUUUCUUUGACUCUGGCACAUUUUAACCUAAAUCCGAUAAUGAGCAGUCAAAUGAAAUGUAGCAGAUGAAAAAUUCAGACAUUGGAAUCAACUAACUUGUUAAUAAUCAUCAUGGUUGUGCAAGAGCUUAAUUAUGGAUCCACAAAUUCAACAGAAGAUCUUACAAUUUGAGACCUUCAUAAAUGACGUGCUGAAAGCCGAUCUUGCAAAACUGGCUGAAAAACUUAACACUAAAAAUGCUGACGUUGCCGAAUUUUUACAAUUGAAAUCAGUGAUAACGACGUUUCAAGAUACCAACGUUGAAAAAACUGGUUUCAAGACUAAAGUCGAUAUUCGAAAUAAUUUCUUCAUUCAAGCACACGUUCUAGAUGCUUCUAAGAUUUUAUUGGAUGUUGGUUUAGGACAUUAUAUUGAAUUCACUUUGGAUGAAGCUUUAAUCGUUAUAAAUAUACGGAUCACGUUACUUGAGCAACAAAUAGCGAAUUUACGAAAAGCUAUUGCAAGAACUAACGCUCAUAUUAAGUUAAUUCUUAUUGCGAUUAGAGAUUUGCAAGGAAUGAGUGUAAAUAUUUGAAAUACUGUU